AUGUCUGCAUUCAACGAUUACUGCAUUGUUUGUGACAAAAUUUGCACACUAAAUUCUGUUUACUGUUCAGAUGAAUGUCAAUUAAAAGAUGGUCACUCUCAUUUUGACUUCAACAAUGCUCCACAAUUGAUAUCACCAGUCUUAGAACCAAGAUCAAAUUCCAUUGCUUCCACAUUAACUUCAUCAUCAAGUUCCACAAUAGAGUCUGAUGAAAUAGAGGAUGAAGAAGAUGAACACAGACAUCAAGAGUACUUGAUCAAAAGCCCGUUAUUACUAUCGUCAAAUGUUAAGGAGCAUUCAAUAGCUGGUUUGAGUUUAAAUGAUGCUAUUCCAAGAGAACAAGCUACUGUUUUGGAUCAACAUCACGUUGAUUUGUUGGCGGCAUCUUCAAAUAACUACAAGAAAUGGUUGAACGUCGUUCUAUGA